CUCUCGGCGCUCUCGGGCGCUGGCUGGCGAUUGGUCCAGAGAGGAGGGGGUGGUGGCAGCCCAAGUCAGCCGCUGCAGUGGCGGCGUCAGGUGAGAGCGCGAGCCGCAGAGACCGGGCGUGGCGGCUGCCGCACAGGGAGUCGGAGCCAAACUCACGGCGCGGCCCUGGGAGUCCCGGGAGGAAGGGACGAGGAAGCACUUGCAGAGGAGACGCCGGAGCAGAAGGGCGCCGGCGCUGAGCAGCCCCGAAGUUGUCUCUGUCGAGUCGCGCCGAGCCUGGGCAUGCAAACGACGCCCCCGGGGGUCCGGUCGCCCCUCAGGAACCCGCCGAGCGCGCGCUUGCGGCCGGACGAGGGCGGGCGAGGGUGCCGAGCCGCGAGCGAACGCAGCAAAAUGAGCGGCGAGGGCGACUACAACUUCAGACGGGUGGCGAUCCGGCGGAAGUCCAACCCCUCCUACCUGCCUCCUGGGACCCCCCGGCCGUGGAGUCGGCCCUCGUCGCACCUGGAAUGGGCCGAGACGGCCACGUUCAGGGGCCAGGCCCCCGCAGACGCCCCAGGCAGCAGUACCUGUCCAAAGAUCACUAUAGUUUCACCUUGCUUGAAAAGCAGCACAACCGCACUGAUUGAUCAGAAUGUAUAUGAUGAAGAGGCUCAGGGAAUAAAUGGGAAAACUCCAGCAAAACACUCAGCUGCAAGUCCAAAGCCACAAGUGCCUCCAAAGCCACUACACCUGCAGAAUUCACCUUCGUCCAAUAUACACCAAACCCCCAGGCAUAAAGCUUUAUCUAGUGCAAAACCAAGGAUGGAGGAAGUUAAACCUGCCUCUGCUUCUUGUGUCUCAAAAGAAAAACCCAGUAAGAUAUCAGAUCUCAUCAGUCGCUUUGAAGGAGGCAGCUCAUUAUCAAAUUACAGUGAUUUGAAAAAAGAUUCUGCUGUGAACCUAAAUGCUCCUAGAACCCCGAGAAGGCAUGGAUUGACAACCACACCUCAGCAAAAACUCCUCUCCCAACACUCACCACAGAAGCAGGGAAAUGAUACAGAUCAGUCUCAGGGUGCACAGACUUGUGUGGCUAACGGUAUGGUAGCAGCACAAAACCAGAUGGAAUGUGAGGAGGAUAAAGCGGCCACUCUUAGCCCAGAUACUCCUAUUCAAACUUCUGAGCCCUUGCCCGAUACAAACUUAGUGAAUGGAGAAAGACAGGAAACAGCCACAGACCCUGCAUCCCCCACAACAAAUGACUGUGAUGAAAAUGCUUCUGACACUAGCUGCAGGACUUUACAUGUCGGCCCACGGCUCCCCCUGGAAGAAGGAAGGGCAGACACAGAAGCCAAGGUACAAGAGAGGGAAGAUGGAGAAAGCCCCCUAGAACUGGAACAGCUGGACCAGCACCAUGAGAUGAAGGAGACUAAUGAGCAAAAACUUCACAAAAUAGCCAAUGAACUUUUGCUUACAGAAAGAGCUUACGUCAGCCGACUUGACCUCUUAGAUCAGGUAUUUUAUUGCAAACUACUGGAAGAAGCAAAUCGAGGCUCAUUUCCAGCAGAGAUGGUGAAUAAAAUCUUUUCUAAUAUUUCAUCAAUAAAUGCCUUCCAUAGUAAAUUCCUAUUGCCAGAGCUGGAGAAAAGAAUGCAAGAAUGGGAAACUACCCCUAGAAUUGGUGACAUCCUUCAGAAAUUGGCCCCAUUCCUUAAGAUGUAUGGAGAAUAUGUGAAGGGAUUUGAUAACGCAAUGGAAUUGGUUAAAAACAUGACAGAGCGUAUUCCCCAGUUCAAAUCAAUAAUUGAAGAAAUUCAGAAACAGAAGAUCUGUGGGAGCUUGACUUUGCAGCAUCACAUGCUAGAACCUGUUCAGCGGAUUCCCCGGUAUGAGAUGCUCCUUAAGGACUACCUAAGGAAAUUGCCCCCUGGUUCUCCGGACUGGAAUGAUGCUAAAAAAUCACUUGAAAUUAUAUCUACAGCAGCAAGUCAUUCUAAUAGUGCAAUAAGAAAAAUGGAGAACCUAAAGAAACUCUUAGAGAUUUAUGAAAUGUUGGGAGAAGAAGAAGACAUUGUAAAUCCUUCAAAUGAACUAAUAAAAGAAGGACAGAUCCUCAAACUAGCUGCUCGGAACACAUCGGCACAAGAACGCUACCUUUUCUUAUUCAACAACAUGUUGCUGUACUGCGUGCCAAGAUUCAGCUUGGUGGGCUCUAAAUUCACAGUUCGAACCAGGGUUGGCAUUGAUGGAAUGAAAAUUGUAGAGACUCACAAUGAGGAAUAUCCACACACUUUCCAGGUAUCUGGGAAAGAGAGAACACUGGAACUGCAAGCCAGUUCUGAGCAAGACAAAGAAGAAUGGAUCAAGGCACUUCAAGAGACUAUUGAUGCUUUCCAUCAGAGGCAUGAAACUUUCAGAAAUGCAAUUGCCAAGGAUAAUGACAUUCACUCAGAGGUUUCUACUGCUGAGCUAGGAAAAAGAGCCCCAAGAUGGAUCCGAGAUAAUGAAGUUACAAUGUGUAUGAAAUGCAAGGAGCCUUUUAAUGCCCUGACGAGGAGAAGGCAUCAUUGUCGAGCAUGUGGACAUGUGGUUUGUUGGAAGUGUUCUGAUUAUAAAGCUCAACUUGAGUAUGAUGGUGGUAAAUUGAGCAAAGUUUGUAAAGACUGUUAUCAGAUAAUAAGUGGAUUCACAGACAGUGAAGAAAAGAAAAGAAAAGGAAUUUUAGAGAUCGAAUCUGCAGAAGUGUCUGGAAACAGUGUGGUGUGCAGUUUUCUUCAAUAUAUGGAAAAGUCAAAACCUUGGCAGAAAGCUUGGUGUGUGAUCCCCAAACAAGACCCUCUUGUGCUGUACAUGUAUGGUGCCCCCCAGGAUGUCAGAGCCCAGGCCACUAUUCCACUCCUGGGCUACAUUGUGGAUGAUAUGCUGAGGAGUGCAGACCUGCCACACAGUUUCAAACUGACCCAGUCCAAGUCUGUGCACAGCUUUGCUGCAGACAGUGAAGAACUGAAACAGAAGUGGCUGAAAAUCAUCCUUUUAGCUGUCACAGGCCUUGAAGAACUAUUUAUUGAUACUUACAAGCAGUUGACAUCAGCUGUUGCCCUUGGUCCAUCGAUAUAACUUGUUUGCAUCCACCUUACACCAGAAUGGAAAUUGUGGCGGAGAGAGCCAGUGUGGCCUAUUUCAGAGCUUCUCAAACUUUAAUAUACAUAGAAAUCACCUGAAGAUCUUACUCAAAUGCAGAUUCUGAUUUAGCAAGUGCUCCUUCCCCAGAUGUCUGCAUAAUGAACAGCUUUUGCAAGUUAAAGCCUGCUCGGAUCUCACCACCACCUCAUUUAACUGCCUCUGCUGCAACAGCACCCCAUGCUGCCCUAAUCUGAUCUGUUUUUUUCCCGUAGCUCUUAACAUCUUGUUAUGAAUUAGAUAAUUAGCUGUUUAUUUUUUAUUGUCUGUCUACACCUGCUAGAACAUAAGCUCCAUAAAGGUAAGGAUUUUUAUGUUUUGACCACUGAUGUCCCCAAUCCGCAGUACUUGGGGUUGCUUGGCACAUUGUAGGCACUCAGUAAAUACUUACGUGGUGGGACUUCCCAGGCAGUCCAGUGGUUAAGACUCUGCUCUCCCACUGCAGGGGGCACGGGUUCCAUCCCUGGUCGGGGAACUAAGAUCCUGCAUGCUGCACAAAAGCUAGGUUAUAUAAAAUUACAAAAAUGAACAGAACUGUUCUUCCAAAACAUCAAAUUGUUAUGGGUAUAGACCUUUGGAAUAGAGGCUGAGAGGAAAAGAAAUCAACAUUUUAUAUAGCUAAAUUGUUUUAAUAACAAAGCUAGAUUCCUGAUAGCGUUUAAAACAUAGUCAAGGACUUCAAAAUACAAUGGUGAAAAUCUUAGUUAACCUUCGCACGACGGAUUCUUGCUUUUUAAAUAAUGUCUCAGCCCACUCUCACCACCACUACCACCACCACACCUGGUCUGUGAGGCAAUUAGAGGCAGCUGGUUACUGUUCCAGAGGAGCCAGAGGUGAUGAAAGAUACAUGUCCUGAGGAAGUGGGGCUGGCAGAGUGGACCUGACACAGGGUUUGGAUAAUGAGCUCCCAGUCUGGAGUCACUCUUUUAUAGAGGAAAUGAUUCAUGUGUUGUUUUGGUCUUGUAUUUAAGUAAAAACAAAUCCAGGUUGCUUUGUCUUAAUAAAGGAAACUCUGCUUUUAUACAGUGAGAUUGGACCAUGUAGUCCAUUAUGGUGUUUUCACAAGAAAAAUUAUUUUUAGAUCACUUACAUAUAUGGUUAUCAUACACUGAACAAAAUUAAGUAUAUUGUUUCUAUAUAGAAUCAUGUCCAAAGGUGGAAGAAACAUACCUCAUCCUAAAGAUCAUCUUGUAGUUUUUCAAUAUCUUUUCCAUCAGUUUGUGUAUAUGUAUGUCUGUGUGUGUGCUUCGGGAGUGGAAGGCAGGCAGGCACAGACCACAGGGAGAAUGAACCAAAGGGUCCAGGCUCACAGUUGUAAAUA